GACAGUGAAAGACACACUGGAGAUUACUACUAAAUAGCAAACGCAACAAAGAAAGAAGGAAAGCGUAAUAAAAUGUCCAUCCAAGUAUCCGAAAUGUCUAAGACAUACCAAUAUCGUAAAGUGAUGAAGCCAAUGUUGGAGCGUAAGCGACGCGCACGCAUCAACAAGUGUCUGGACGAGCUGAAAGACUUAAUGGUUGUCACAUUGGAGUCGGAGGGCGAGCAUGUAACGCGACUGGAGAAGGCUGAUAUUCUAGAGCUUACUGUUGCCCAUUUACAAAAGCUGAAACAACAACGUAAGGCGGCCGCGUCUAAGGGUGGCGCCAUGUCACAAGCUGAAGGCUUCCGCUCCGGCUAUAUACAUGCAGUCAAUGAAGUCUCGCGUUCUCUGUCACAGUUGCCCGAUGUGAAUGUGAAUCUAGGCACACAGCUGAUGACUCAUCUUGGCCAGCGUUUAAAUCAAUUGCAGCCCGCCGUGCAACCACCAACACCCAUCAACGCGCCACUAUCCGUACACAUUACACAUAACACUGCACGCGCACAUUACUCUGUGCCCAUUUCGCCCAUCUCCAGCUACAAUGGUAGCCCCAAUUCGAGCACCAGCAGUGAGAAGCAUAGUAGCAGCUGUGGGAGCCAAAAUCUUCUUACCACCUACUCAGAUCAUUCGCCCAUCGAUGCGCGGCUUGCCACGAAUGUGGCUCCGUCUGAGGAGGAGGAUGUCUGGCGUCCUUGGUAGGCUGCAUACCUUCAAGUACAAGUAAUUAACUACAAGUAUACGCAGUCAGUGAUGAAGUCUUCCAGGCGCGCAGACGUGAGUUACCUGCUGCCGUCAAACCAUAUACUCGGCAACACCAAACAACUCAGUUGUUGCCCAACAAAAAGCUUUAAACUAGAAGCGAGGCAUUUGCAAUUGGCUACAUUUCCAGUGCCUGCAGCAUUUGCAUUUCGUCGAUGUGAUUUCCAACAAUUGUUAAACAUUAGUAUUAGGUUUAUA